AUGGAUCAGCCGUCAACGUCGAAGCAGAAGUCUUCGUCAGGAACCCCUCCUGGUGUGAAACAGGUGAUGGUGACCACCCCCGGUGCUUCAAAACCGAAGCCUGCAUCAAGGAAAAAAACCUCCAUCCAAGCAGAUCUCGAUGUCGCCAAAGAGCUCACUCGUUGCCGAGACGAAGGAAACACCAGACUCGACCUUAGUAGAUCCAAUAUUACCGCUCUCCCUGCGAAUGUCAAAGAUUUGACUCAUCUCGUCGAGCUUUAUUUGUACGGCAACAAGCUUUCUACGCUUCCCAAUGAAAUCGGAGGCUUGGUGAACUUGGCUACGCUGGCGCUGAGCGAAAAUUCUCUAACACAUCUGCCUGACUCACUCACCAAUCUGAAACAGCUCAGGGUUCUAGAUCUCCGUCAUAAUAAAUUCACUGAAAUCCCCCCUGUUAUCUACACGCUACGCUCCCUCACGACCUUGUUUCUGCGAUUCAACCGCAUCAGAGAAGUUAGCAAUGAAAUAGCUCAACUUUCCAACUUGACCAUGCUGUCCUUGAGAGAGAACAAGAUACGAAUGCUGCCUGCGGGUAUCGGCCUUCUCGAGCAACUCGUCACUUUGGAUGCAUCCAAUAACCACAUGCUACACUUGCCACCCGAAAUCGGCAAAUGCAAAAACCUUUCCACGCUCGACGUGCAACACAACGAGUUGAUUGACGUUCCCGAGACCCUUGGAAACCUCAAAUCUCUUGUCAGACUUGGACUCAGGUACAACCAACUGACCUCGGUGCCGAAGAGCUUCGCGGCUUGCGCACUCAUGCAGGAAUUCAAUGUUGAGUCGAACAACAUAUCGGCUCUGCCCGAUGGCCUUCUUUCAUCUUUCACUCAAAUGACGUCUCUGACCCUCUCCCGGAACCAGUUCACCAGUUACCCCGUAGGAGGUCCCGGGCAGUUUACGUCGGUGCAUUCAAUCAAUUUCGAACACAACCACAUUUCGAAAAUUCCUUUCGGCAUGUUUUCCCGAGCCAAAAAUCUCAGCAAACUCAACAUGAAAGACAACCAAUUAUCCGCUUUACCUCUUGACAUAGGAACUUGGACCAACAUGGUUGAGUUGAAUUUAGCCACGAAUCAACUGGUGAAAAUUCCCGAUGAUAUACAGUACUUGCACUCGCUUGAAGUACUCGUGCUCUCCAAUAACAUUCUGAGACGUCUUCCCGGCUCGAUUGGCGGUUUGAGCAAGCUUCGCGUUCUAGAUCUAGAGGAGAACAAGCUCGAACAGCUGCCGAACGAGAUCGGUUUCCUCCAUGAUUUGCAGAAGCUUAUGGUUCAGAAUAACCUUCUCCAAACACUGCCACGUGCAAUCGGUCAUCUUACCUCACUGACGUACCUCAAUGUUGGCGAAAACAACGUUCAGCACAUUCCCGAAGAGAUCGGUACCAUGGAGGCGCUCGAAUCGCUUUAUCUCAACGAUAAUCCGCUGCACGCUCUACCUUUCGAGCUAGCUCUAUGCAGCAACCUCCAGAUCAUGUCGAUCGAGAACUGUCCUCUGAGUCAGAUGCCGGCCGAAAUCGUUAUCGGCGGGCCAUCGCUGGUUAUCCAGUACCUCAAAAUGAAGGGACCCUACCGGAGCAUGUGAACAACGACGAACUGUCUCGAUGAUGAUUUGACGAUUUUGACGGUCCUAUUGAGAUGUUUCUCGCGGAUGAGAAC